AUGGAAAGAGAUAAAGACAGUAACGGUGAAUCUCUGAAUACUGUUUACGUAUGUGUCCUUUUGAUUGUUGACAACGAACUGGCGAAAGCCGACGAGAAAACGAAGUCACGAGUGUCACAUAUUCAUGAUUUAAGUAUUCGUUUACUAAAUGUCGCCUUACAGAAAGGAACGCAUCUUAGAAGGAUAGUGAAGGAAAAAGAACUAAUGGAGUUACUUCAAGAAACCAAAGCAGUACUACAAAGUCAAAGCACAUUUACUGAGAUUAAUGCGCCAGUGGUUGUUUGUGGUGACAUACAUGGACAGUACAGCGAUAUGCUGCGGAUUUUUGACAAAUGCGGCUUUCCACCGGAAACAAACUAUUUAUUUCUUGGUGAUUACGUCGACCGUGGCAAACAGUCGAUUGAAACCGUGUGUCUCCUUUUCUGCUUCAAAAUUAAAUAUCCUGAGAAUUUCUUCUUAUUAAGAGGGAAUCAUGAAUGUGCUGGAAUCAAUCGAGUGUAUGGAUUCUAUGAAGAGGUUAAUCGACGUUAUCGUUCUGUUCGUCUCUGGGAAGUCUUUCAAGAUACGUUCAAUUAUCUGCCAUAUGCUGCUUGUAUAGCUGGAAAGAUCUUGUGUAUGCACGGUGGUCUGUCACCAAAAUUGAAUAAUUUGGAUUCGCUGCGCAAUAUAGAACGCCCAUCAGAUCCACAACCAACCUCCAUGGAACUUGAUAUCCUUUGGUCGGAUCCAGACGAAAGAGUACAAGGUUGGCAACCGAAUAGUCGAGGUAUUUCGUUUGUUUUCGGCGUUGAUGUUUUGAAAGACGCAUGUGAGAAACUAAACAUCGAUCUGGUCGCUCGUGCGCAUCAAGUGGUGCAAGACGGAUACGAGUUUUUCGGCAAUCGUCGUUUAGUGACCAUAUUUUCAGCACCACAUUAUUGUGGCGAAUUUGACAAUGCAGCUGCAGCGAUGAAUGUAGCAGAAGAUCUCAGUUGUUCAUUUCAUGUGUUUAAGCCAACAACAAAAGCAAUUCGCAUGGCAAUGAAACAAAAAGAAAAAGUUGGAUAG